AGGAGGCCUUAGCCACAGAACUGGCCUGAGAGACCCAGGGGAUAGCCAGGGACAGGCAGACAUGCAGCCAGGGUUCUGGGGCCUGGACAGGGGCAGCCAGGCCCCGUGACGGGAAGACCCCGAGCUCCGGCCCGGGGAGGGGCCAUGGUGUUGCCUGCCCAACAUGUCAGCCGAAGUGCGGCUGAGGCAGCUCCAGCAGCUGGUGCUGGACCCCGGCUUCCUGGGGCUGGAGCCCCUGCUCGACCUUCUCCUGGGCGUCCACCAGGAGCUGGGCGCCUCCCACCUAGCCCAGGACAAAUAUGUGGCCGACUUCUUGCAGUGGGUGGAGCCCAUUGCAGCAAGGCUUAAGGAGGUCCGGCUGCAGAGGGAUGACUUUGAGAUUUUGAAGGUGAUCGGGCGUGGGGCGUUCAGUGAGGUAGCGGUGGUGAAGAUGAAGCAGACGGGGCAAGUGUAUGCCAUGAAAAUUAUGAAUAAGUGGGACAUGUUGAAGAGAGGCGAGGUGUCGUGCUUCCGGGAAGAAAGGGAUGUACUGGUGAAAGGGGACCGGCGCUGGAUCACGCAGCUGCACUUCGCCUUCCAGGAUGAGAACUACCUGUACCUGGUUAUGGAAUACUACGUGGGCGGGGACCUGCUAACGCUGCUGAGCAAGUUUGGGGAGCGGAUCCCCGCCGAGAUGGCGCGCUUCUACCUGGCCGAGAUUGUCAUGGCCAUAGACUCGGUGCACCGGCUGGGCUACGUGCACAGGGACAUCAAGCCAGAUAACAUUCUCCUGGACCGCUGUGGGCACAUCCGCCUGGCAGACUUCGGCUCCUGCCUCAAACUGCAGCCCGACGGAACGGUGAGGUCGCUGGUGGCUGUGGGCACCCCGGACUACCUGUCUCCUGAGAUUCUGCAGGCUGUGGGCGGAGGGCCUGGGGCAGGCAGCUACGGGCCGGAGUGUGACUGGUGGGCACUAGGAGUGUUCGCCUAUGAGAUGUUCUAUGGGCAGACACCCUUCUACGCAGAGUCCACGGCCGAGACCUAUGCCAAGAUUGUUCAUUACAAGGAACACUUGUCUCUGCCACUGGGGGACACAGGUGUCCCUGAGGAGGCUCAAGAUCUCAUUCGGGGGCUUCUGUGCCCCGCUGACAUACGGCUAGGCCGUGGUGGGGCAGGGGAUUUCCAGAAGCAUCCGUUCUUCUUUGGCCUUGAUUGGGAGGGUCUCCGAGACAGCGCGCCCCCAUUUACACCAGACUUCGAGGGGGCCACGGACACGUGCAACUUCGAUGUGGUGGAGGAUCGGCUCACUGCCAUGGUGAGCGGGGGCGGGGAGACACUGUCGGACAUGCAGGAAGACAUGCCACUCGGGGUCCACCUGCCUUUUGUGGGUUACUCCUACUCCUGCAUGGCCUUCAGAGACAAUCAGGCCCCAGACCCCACCCCUAUGGAACUGGAGGCCCUGCAGUUGCCGGAAUCAGACUUGCAAGUGCUGCACUUGGAGCCCCCAGUGUCCCCACCGCAUCAAGUGGCUGAAGUGGGCGAUCCAGCCGUGGCUGUCCCUGUGGCAGAGCCGGAGACUGUGGUGACACUGCGGGAGCUCCAGGAAGCCCUAGAGGAGGAGGUUCUUACCCGGCAGAGCAUGAGCCGUGAGCUGGAGGCCAUACGCGCGGCCAACCAGAACUUCUCCAGCCAACUACAGGAGGCCGAGGUCCGCAACCGAGACCUGGAGGCGCACGUCCGGCAGUUGCAGGAGCGGAUGGAGAUGCUGCAGGCCCCGGGAGCUGCAGGCGAGUCCCCCCGCCCGCCCCUAGCCAGGAGGGCGCUGGGUGGAGAUGGGGCCACGCUGGGUGUGUGGACACUUGGGGCAGGGGAGGAGCCCAGGCUGGGGCACGCCGCCGCGCCACUGUCCUUUUCUGGCCUCCACGCUCUCUUCUCUUCUCCUUCCAGCUGUCACGGGGGUCCCCAGUCCCCGGGCCACGGAUCCACCUUCCCAUAUAGUCCCCCGGCCGUGGCUCUGGGCCAGUGCCCGCUGGUGGGGCCAGGCCCCAUGCACCGCCGUCACCUGCUGCUCCCUGCCAGGGUCCCUAGGCCUGGCCUAUCCGAGGCGCGUUGCCUGCUCCUGCUCGCCGCUGCUCUGGCUGCUGCCGCCACACUGGGCUGCACUGGGUUGGUGGCCUAUACCGGCCGUCUCUCCUCACUCUGGUGUUUCUCGGGAGCCACCUUCACCCCCUGAACCCUAAGACUCCAAGCCAUUUUUCAUCUAGGCCCCCUUGGAAGGCCAAGUGACCCAGGGACAGCCCAGAGCAUCUCUGUGCCCAACCUCACCGCCCCACCCCC